CCCAACACAUCACACACUGAUGCAGCAUUUCUCAACUGCGUCCACUUCAACCUGCGAGACCGUUCAGUAUAUACACUGGACAUAGACGGGCAAAAGAAGAAGAAAAUGGAAACUUAUGAUGGCAUAUGAAGCGGUUUGUAAGCUCGCGCAGGAUAUUAUGGUGAAAUGCAUCAGUUCGGACCAGUCAUGCUGAAAAGCUUCACGGAUUAUGAGCAUUGUUUUUUUGAUGCAUGUUUCUCAGUUCUGUCGGAAUGUUUUCGAAAGGGAAACGCGAUGUGAAAUAUGAACGACUAGAGAGUGAAUCAGAAGCAAAGCCUUCUAAGAAGAAGAUCUGUGCAUUGAAGAUCUUUUAUUUUUAUUGCUUAUUAUUUGCGCUUUUCUUUAUUGUCUUCAUUUAUGUACAAGAUUCCUCCGAAGCACCUUAUGCCAAACCAGAAGACUCUGACCUGCCAACUCAUCCUUUACCAAUCCUCCAAACACCACACAUAUACACAUCCGCCAGUCCUCCGUCUGCAAAGGCGUGUGGUGUUCAAGUGAAGGAUGGGCCUUUGGUUAAAGUCGGGCAUCUUAACACAUACGUGAUCGGCUCUUACUUGGAGCAUCGUUUUGGUGAGAAACAGAUAAAGACGAUUGCCAUUGUUCUUCGACGUGAGCAGGCGACGUUCAGUUGUGUGAUGUGCUGCGAUGGGACGACCGUGAGGUUACCAGCUGAAUGCUCAAUUCAUGACGACCACUUUAACUUUGAAUAUGGCACCGCUACUAUCAUGUGCACAAUCAAAAGCACAUGUUUGACACCGACGCAUGUUGCAAUCACAGCAAGUGGCGUCUCAGGGAGCCUAACAUCCUUCCAACCUAUUAGAAACAGAGACGUUCCAACGACCUUCCCGUAUGAGUUCACAAUCUGCAUCUCUGUCAUGUACGACUACAAGAGUGUGCUGAAUCUAGUCCAGUCCAUGGAGAUGUUCAGACUGCUUGGCGCUCAAAGGGUGGUGAUAUAUAAAACCAACUGCGAUUCACACACACAGAAGGUUCUGGACUAUUAUGAGAAAAAAGGUUUCGUGGAGAUCAUUCCGUGGACGAUUAAAAAGCACAUUAAAGUGUCUCGCGGCUGGAAUAUAAAUAAGUCGCCAGGUCAGCUGCAGUACUAUGGGCAGAUCCCUGCGCUUAAUGACUAUCUCAACCUUCGCUCAUCGAGGGGAGCAGAGCUGCGGCUGCAGCUGGCCGUGCUGGGUGAAAGAGCCCUGUGGUUGGGUCUGACGGGCUUAUCAGAGAGGGAGAAGGCAGAGUUCCUCGAUUCCCCAGUGGAGCCAAAAGCCCUUUUUGACAGUGCAGCCCCGCAGUGA